CAUCGGAAGCUGUCAUCCUUAACUUGACGCUGGUCAACAACAGCUGCACUGCAAGAAACCAGGCUGAAGUAGUUGGCGAUGUGACGUGCACGUCAACCUACCUGUAUGACGUUUGGAAAGUUGUGUGUGUGUGUGCGGUGCUGUCCGCUGCUCGUCCAGCAGUGUGCUGUCGUCUCUGAAUAGAAGCACCAUGGCAAUGUGGAUCCAGGCCCAGCAGCUGCAGGGUGAGGCCUUGCACCAGAUGCAGGCGCUGUAUGGCCAGCACUUCCCAAUCGAGGUGCGACACUACCUGGCCCAGUGGAUUGAAUGCCAGCUCUGGGAUUCAGUGGAGUUGGACAACCAAGCAGAGGAAGCCAAAGCUAAGCGUCUGCUGGACAACCUGGUGGCCGAGCUGCAGAAGAAAGCCCAGCUACAGGGAGGAGAGGACGGCUUUCUGCUGAAGAUCAAGCUGGGCCACUACGCCAACCAGCUCAAGAGCACUUAUGACCGCUGUCCUUUGGAGCUGGUGCGCUGCAUUAAACACAUCCUGCACUCGGAGCAGAGGCUGGUUCAAGAAGCUACAAAUGCCAGCACUAGUAGUGGGGUGCAGGCCAUGGACAGCCUGUCACAGCGACACCAGCAGAUCAACCAGGCCUUUGAGGAGCUCCGUCUGGCCACCCAGGAGACUGAGAAUGAACUGAGAAAGCUGCAGCAUAGCCAGGAGUACUUCAUCAUCCAGUACCAGGAGAACCUGCGCAUCCAGGCCCAGUUGAGCAGCCUGUCUUCCCUGCCUCCAGCUGAGCGCACCCAGCGGGAGACCACCCUACAGACCAAGAGGGCCACUGUGGAGGCCUGGCUCACCAGAGAGGCCAGCACCCUCCAGAAAUACAGGCUUGACCUGUCAGAGCAACACCAGAAGACCCUGUCCCUACUGAGGAAGCAGCAGACUCUGAUCCUGGAUGAGGAACUCAUCCAAUGGAAGAGAAGGCAGCAGCUGGCUGGCAACGGGGGUCCUCAUGAGGGGGGGCUGGAUGUCCUCCAGUCUUGGUGUGAGAAGCUGGCUGACCUGAUCUGGCAGAACCGGCAGCAGAUCCGACGCUGUGAACAUCUAACCCAGCAGCUUCCUCUGCCGGGUCCAAUGGAAGAGCUGCUGAGCAAACUUAACGCUGACAUCACUGAUAUCAUCUCCGCCCUAGUUACCAGUACCUUCAUAAUUGAAAAGCAGCCGCCCCAGGUGUUAAAGACCCAGACCAAGUUUGCAGCCACAGUGCGCCUUCUGGUGGGCGGGAAGCUCAACGUCCACAUGAAUCCACCUCAGGUCAAGGCUGUCAUUGUAAGCGAGCAGCAGGCCAAAGCUCUGCUGAAGAAUAAGAGCACACACAGUGAAAGCAGUGGAGAAAUCCUGAACAACAACUGUGUAAUGGAGUAUCACCAGGCCACUGGCACCCUCAGUGCACACUUCAGAAACAUGUCACUGAAGCGGAUCAAGCGUUCGGACCGUCGAGGUGCAGAGUCAGUGACGGAGGAAAAGUUCACAGUUCUGUUUGAAUCACAGUUCAGCGUCGGGGGCAACGAGCUGGUCUUCCAUGUCAAAACCUUAUCACUGCCUGUGGUAGUGAUCGUCCACGGCAGUCAGGACAACAACGCCACAGCCACUGUCCUGUGGGACAACGCCUUUGCUGAGCCGGGCAGGGUGCCGUUCAUCGUGCCAGACAAGGUGCAGUGGCCCCAGCUGUGUGAGGCCCUUGACAUGAAGUACAAGGCAGAGAUGCACAGUGGGCGUGGCCUCUCAGAGGAUAACAUGGUCUUCCUGGCACAGAAAGCUUUCACAAGCAGCAGCAACAACCCUGAGGACUUUCGCAACAUGACUAUAUCCUGGGCCCAGUUCAACCGGGAGAGCUUACCUGGACGCAACUUUACCUUCUGGCAGUGGUUUGAUGGAGUCGUAGAGCUCAUGAAGAAACAUCUCAAGCCUCACUGGAAUGAUGGGGCCAUCCUGGGCUUUGUAAACAAGCAGCAGGCACAGGACAUGCUGCUGUCCAAACCCAACGGCACCUUCCUGCUGCGAUUCAGCGACUCUGAGAUCGGAGGCAUCACCAUCGCCUGGGUGGCUGAGAACCCCAACAAAGCAGGUGAGAGGCUGGUCUGGAAUCUGUUGCCUUAUACAACCAAGGACUUCUCCAUUCGUUCCCUGGCUGACCGCAUCAGUGACCUGAACCACCUUCUGUUUCUCUACCCUGACCGGCCCAAAGGCGAGGUCUUCGCCAAGUACUACACCCCUCCACUCUCAAAAGCAGUGGAUGGAUAUGUCAAACCACAGAUCAAACAAGUUGUGCCAGAAUUCACGAACCCUGAACCCAGUGGAGGAACUCCUACGUUCAUGGACCAAACAGCUUCUCCCUCUGUGAGCCACCCCAACAACUUUGGUGUCUACCCUUCUAUGAGUGACACCAUGUUGGAUGCAGAUGGAGACUUCGACCUGGAGGACACGAUGGACGUGGCUCGCCACGUGGAGGAGCUGCUCCGCAGGCCUAUGGUCAACCAGUGGACCAGUCCGCCGUCAGGAACCUGAAACCUGAACCUACUGCACACCUUCAGGUCUCCUCCAUCUUAUUUAACAGAAACACCCAAGGCAAAACAUCUCCUGUGUUAAUCAGUUAAUCAGUCACUCUGUCAGAUCCACAUCACAAUUCAGUUUUAUAGCCGUCUACUUGCCAUAGUGUCCCUGUAGAGAAAGUAAACCUACCAUCAAAAGUCAAUGUUACCCACAUUUGACAGAGGCAGGCUGUUGAUGUUCUCUCCCCGUUUCUCAGGUUUUAGGUAAGCUUUGCAAUUUAUAUAUGCCUAAUGAGCUUUUAGCUGGCAAUAGGAGACUUUUGCAUUUGUAUAAAAACAGAGUAGACAAACUUGCUUAUCUUAAAAAUUAUUUGAACAAGGAUGAGUUUAUUACUUUUAAAGUUGUAAGAGAAUUAUUUGAUUUAUUCUUUUAAAUGUUACGUAGUCUGGUUUUAUGUACUGAAAAUUGAAUUAUAAGUCUGUCUUUGCUAUUGUUGCGUUCGUGGUGGUGCUUUUUGUAUAAUAUUUUAUAUAACCGCCAAUGUCAUUGUUCUACUCUGAUUUAAAGCAAAAUGUUCAAAUGUCAUAAAUGCCAUAUUUGGUGUCAUAAAGCCGAUAACUGCUUAUUGAUUUUACACUUCCACAAAUUAGUUUUUUUGUCAGAUUUAGUUUAAAAUACAUUUUCUGGUAUAAUAUGAUCAUUUUAAGUGAUAUUUUGUCAUUAUUUUUUACUUUACAUAAUAUCCUAAUAUCCAUGAGAACAUGGAAUGCGUCCUAGGGGCAGUAAAUAUUGGCACAUUAAAAUGGCAAAAUCUUUCUCAUCACUUACCAAUGUCAGAUCAGAUAACUGAAUUUACUAAAUACAGAUGUUGUAGUCUAGUGAAUGCUCGGUGCCUUGGUGAACGCUUAGCCUGGAAACCAGACCAAUAUACCAGCUCGUGUCAUUUGCUCUGCCAGAUUCGUCGGGUCCCCCACCCAUUCAAACAGAUUUUUGAAGAGCAACUGGACGGACCAAUCACAACCAUUUAUCUCACAUGGGGCGGGUUUAAGACGUCAUGCUUGAACGCAGUUACAGAACGUAACCAGCAUUCUCCGUCCAAAACAGACCAAGCACUGCCCUAACUUUCAUGUCUCGCUCAGAGCAAUGUUGAUUUGGUUGUAGGUCUAUUCAGUCGCAUCUAGAGGCAUUUUGGUUUGCUUCGUUGAUAAUGCCCCUUGACAAUCGAAAAUGAAGUGAGAGGUUCUAGAAUAAUACGCAUUUGCUUAUUAGUCUGGCUAGAAUGUUUGUCCAACAUUUUAGAGAUAUGUUUUGGUCAUUUAAAUUUUAAGCGUGGAAAUAUUGAAAAAAUCCCUGACGGUCACCAGUUUUUACUGGCAUUUGUUUACCCAAAGUACUUAGAAAGUACUGAUUCAUUUUAUUUGUGUUGAAGGUGUACUCCAGUGAUUUAGUGUUUCACUUUCAUAAAGUUGGGAGAUUCAGGAGAGGAAGAUCUUUUUUUAAAGUUGUGAAAAUCAAUUUACCAUUGAUUGCCAGAAUUUCCCGACUUAAGUCCGUUGUGUAGAUCAAGCUCCGAAAACAAUGGAUAAUGCAACUCAGUGGCAUCUCUCUCUCCGGCAUGCACAUAUCUUUCAAACUCUACAACUCCGGUCCAUUUAUAGUGACGCAGAUUUAGGUGCCUCAUUUUGGUGACACUUAAAUGCCUGCGCUUGCCUCUGAUGCUCCGAAACAGAGACAUGACCAUACGUUUUCAAAAUGGAACCCUAACGCCUUUGUGUAUGCUGUCUAAGCUUACUUAUCUGUCAGUGGAUUUCUUUGGGAGAAUGCUCAUACCUCAUACUUUGUAAUACUUUUUUCAGUCAGAAGAGUUUGACCAAGUGUUCCAACACUGCUUCUGAAAGUGCCUGAGAACAAUCAUUGUAUUAGAUCUGCACCCUCAUGAUGGAUGAAGUCAUGACCAGGCUGAGGCUACAUCUACACUACUACGUUUUCAUUUUUAAACGGUGUUUUGAAACAAAAAUGAUCUCCAUCCACACAAGUGUUUUAGCUCCGUAGCAGAACUAAUCUCCGUCCAUACAACAUGUCUGAAAACGCAUAUCUCAUGACCAUUUGCAUACACUGGUCAGUUCCAAAUGUCUCAGUUUUGGGGUCUAGAAAACGCUGUUAGUUGUAUGAGAACAUGAGGCGUAAACGCAAAAGAUAUUCGUUUUUAAACCAAAACGUAGUCGUGUAGCUGUAGCCUGAAUCUGGCUCUGCAUAUAAAGCUUUUCAAGAGUCUUAGUAUUAAUCUUCAGUAUAUCAGUUUUGUUUCUGUGAAGCUUUUGUGUGGAGAUACAGAGGCUCUGUAGAUCUGUCUGUGCCUUGUGGAUUUUUAAGGGACAGCACUGUCCAUACAGGACAUUUUAAAGCCAUUGCCAUUAACUCUGCACUAUAACUAGCCUCAACCAAGGAAUGUCUAAUCCCUUGUAGAAAACAAGACUCACCCAGAAUGAAAGUUAACACAGUAAACCUCAAGAAAACUCACUGUGAAAUAAAUGUAGAGGAGUCAAAAUCAAUCAAAUAAUACCUGAUGACUUGAGUGUAUAGGAGAUACCUUUCUAACUAUCAUGCUACUUUUGCCUCUUAAUAAAUAAAAGCUGAAACGCAAACGUAUUAACUCAACAAAAGCGAAAAAGCACUUUGUUGCUCACACCAACAGUUAUUUGAUGUUUAUGCUAAUGCAGUACUUCUGCUUGUCUUUGAAGCAACUUCAUGUAUGUUUGUCUUCAGUGUGAUUCACUUGUCUAGCUUGCUGCUGCCGUGUGUUUGCUGGCUUCUGUGCAGCCUGUGGCCUGUUUGGGAACUUUGUAUUUACUUCCACAUUGUGCCACUUUUUUCUGGUUUGAUGUUGGGAUUGGGGACUUGAAAAUAAAAAAAAAAGUUUUUGUAAAUCA